UGGGAAUAGAAGAAAAUAUUAUUGCUGCCAGCCACACCUCAAUCUGGGGUCACCACCCAGAAGGCCCUUUCACUGGUUGCUAUCCUCUGAAAUUCAGAUCACAGUGUACAGGAGCUGUGGGGUUGAAGAUGGCUCGUAUUACCCUUGAGGAGCUAAAUGAACUGGAUGAUGAGGUCCUUGAGGAAGACGAUGAACCAAUGGAAGGGGAGGAACAGAACAGGCUGUUUUCUCACUGGGAGACAGUAGCCAGCACUCACCAAGUGUCACUCCCUCAAGAGAUGGCGGGUCCAAUUCUGCAAAUGACACGCCAUAACCAGACGCGAGAGCCUGUGCCCUACGCUACUUUAUCACAGCAUGAAAAGUGUGAGGAGACAGCAUAUGAGGAACGGCUGUACCCAGCUGGGAAAUGGGCAUGUGUCACCAAAGGAGAACCCAAGUAUGAGCAGAGCAUCUCUAUGGGUUUCAUGAAACUAAUGCGGUACAUCUGCAAGGAGAACUCCCUAGGCCGCCACUUGGGGAUGACAGUGCCAGUGAUCAAUGAGAUUCACCUGAAUAAGGAGGGCACUGAAUUGCUGCAAGAAGUCAUCACUGCCUAUUAUCUCCCUGGGGAAUUUCAGCUUAACCCCCCUCUCCCCAUGGACCCGGACAUCCAAAUCCUAGAGAGAGCACCACUCCAGGUUAUCACCAGGGUGUUUUAUGGGACAACUACAGAAGAAGCAAUCCUACGGGAGAUCCACCUUCUCUGGGAGUUGCUGGGCUCCACAGAAAAUGUGCUCCGUGAAACCUACAUGGUGGCUGCAUACCAGAACCCUGGUGUCCCUAACCGUCGCAAUGAGAUCUGGUUUAUCCGGCGAGCAGACUGAAAGCGCCCUGAAUCCUUGACAAGAUUACAAUCCACCCCAUGACUGGAUCCGGUUUAGAUGGCAGUUCUAGCCUGAAGGAGAUGAAUGCACAUCCCGACUCACUAUAGGAUAGAUGAGCUGCUCCUUUACCCCUGGGUGAACCAAAGAGUUAUGUUCCUUCCUGUGAGCUCACAGCCAAGGGAAAAACUAGUACACAUAAAUCUCCCAGGGAGGGUUUCCACCCCACACCUGCAGGGGGUAGUAUGGGAUUAUGGAGUUAUUGAUGGAGAUGGUAUUAGAAGGAACUACAGGCGUCCACUUCAGUGGGCCCCAAGUGCGUUCAUGACACAGUUGAAUGAAGGUGCAUUGGGGAUUGUAGCUGCUGAGCACCCCACACCUCUCAUUCCAAGGUUUAGGUAGCAAUCCUGAACGUGAAUUUGGAGAGCAGGUCCAAACACCACUGCCUACAGCUCUGUCUGUAGCUGGCAGAUAGUGAUGGGUGGGCCAGAGGUCAUGACCCACAUUGCUUGUAGAAGGAGGGUUUCACUUCUGAUGCCACGAAGCAUCCCUUUUAGCCAUGUCCAUGAAAGGCUGCUAGUCAGCUCAUUCUCUAACAAUAGUGAAGCGCCCUUUCUGUCGUUUGGGAUGGGUUAGCUUUAGACUUUACUCCUGACUGGAGUAAUUUGAACACAUGUCCAGGAGCAAAUGGGAAGUCCCUGCCAAGGGCUAUGGCCCAGAGGAAGAUCUGAGAAGUGGAGUUCAGGGAGACUCUACUCCAUGAUCUAAAGAGCCUCCUGUUUUCCCAAGAGUACUCAGAGCUAUAUGCCAUCCACUGGCAGCCGCCUGCCUAUCAACCCACUGGAGCUUGUACCCACCUCUUAAUAAGGCAGGCCUAAGGGCUUGGUGUAAGCUGAGCAGGCCACAUAUUUGCAAGUUGUCAUUGGCAGCGUUUUUGUCGCUGUGUGUUGCGUUGUGCAUUGAUUGAUUGGUUUCACACUCAUGGAUGCUGCUGUCCUCUCUCAAUGGAGGCUAGUAGUGCAAAGCAAAUCUGAAAUAAAAUCUAGCUCAAACCUCUGUGAAUUUAA